GCUAGCCUAGCUGCGUCAAGGAUGCCGCAGUUGGAAAACUUAGUUAUUUGGAACUAUCAACAUGGGGAAGUAGGGGCAGUCAUAUAUCACAGGGACAAGGCUGCGCGGCAAGCUACACUAACAUGGCGAGGCACAUGGGAUCUUGAUUUCGGCCGUGAAGUGGUUGAAUCUUGGAAGAAGGUUGAUCCCGAUUGUUGGCUGCGAGUCGAGAAGGAAAUAGUGGUGGGCGCGUUCAAUUCUCAUGGCGAUGCCGUUUGCCGUUUGCAUCUGCCAGUCAGAGUCAUUGAUCCCGUAUCACUGCGGCAGAUAUGCCAGGAGGGGAUGGUGCAAGGAAUCGUCUGA